ACCUGUGGCACUCGGGCCUGGGGCGUCUCCGGCUUCCGCCCUGCAGGGGAGGGAGCCUCCCGGGUCAGGGGCAGGCCGCUGCUGGACGCGGAACCAGCCUCGGGCUGGCCUUCUCCCUCACGGUGACAGCAGGCCAGGACAAGCAUGAAGUGACAUUGACAGGUGCUGCAUGCUGAAAUCUAAUGAGAAUGCACCGCCUAUGCAGGAACUAGACCACCAAAUGAAACCAUUAUUUAAAGAGACCCAUACCAUUUAUGUACCAGUAACUAUAAUAUAUAUGAAUUUAGAAAUCUAAAGAAAAAGCUUCAAAUGGAGCAGGUUAAUAAUGACCCUUCAAUUAAUGACCUAGACAGCGACAGCAGACCCACAGACAACACGGGCAGAAAACAAAGUGAAUUAGAACACUCCUUGUCCAAAAUAACACACAAUGCUUUGGAGAACUUCGGGCAAGGUUUAAAGCAGCUUUUUCAUCACCAACGUCGCCGAUCGUCUGUCUCCCCCCAAGAUGGUCUCCACGUUCAAGCUGACCAAGAGCCCUCGAGCCCAGAUAUCCCUGCCCCAACUGCUGAGCUGGACUGGGCAGCUCCAGCUCAUCAUUCUGCCCAGACCACUACUCUUAACAGGGUCCUACAGCAGUUCCGUGUGGCUCCCAUGAUGAAACGGGGUGCGAGUCUGCACAGCCGGAGGAACAAGUUGGAUCCGCCCAGGGGAAGUCCACAGAUAUCUCGCAAGUCGGCUCCAGAUGGCACCAGUUCUCUCCUGCUACAGUCUGGCAGACCCCGUUCCUCCUCCACCACUGAUGCACCAACUUCCUCUUUGUUUGUGGAGACCCUGACCUUCAGUCCUCAUUCAGGAGAUGAGUUUGAUCGGGUCGAACGGCUGGAAGUGAACAGUGUAGCCCCAUUGGGCGUGGCUGUGUCGAGCUCAGAUGGGGGGAUUAGCGUGGAUAGCCUGGACAGUGCGCUGGAUCCUCAGAGGACGAAAGCAGCCAUUACUCACCUGCAGCAGAAAGUACUGAAGCUGACGGAGCAGCUGAAGGUGGAGCAGACAGCCCGGGAUGACAAUGUGGCGGAGUACCUUAAGCUGGCCAACAAUGCUGACCGACAGCAGGGGGCCCGCAUCAAGCAGGUCUUCGAGAAGAAGAACCAGAAGUCGGCUCAGACCAUCCUGCAGCUGCAGCGCAAGCUGGAGCAGUGUCACCGCAAGCUGCGUGAGAUUGAGCACAAUGGCAUGCCUCGGCAGCCCAAAGAUGUGUUGCGGGACAUGCAGCAGGGGCUGAGAGGCGUAGGGGCCAAGGUGACGGGUUUCAGUGAGGGUGUCGUGGGUAGUGUACGGGGUGGUCUCUCCAGCUUCUCACAAGCCACCCACUCAGCUGCAGGCGCUGUGGUCUCCAAGCCACGGGAGAUCGCGUCCCUCCUCCGCAACAGGUUUGGCAGCGCUGACAACAUCCCUGCCCUGAAGGACUCGCUGGACGAAGCCCAGGCAGAGGAGUGCCUCAAGGGCCUGGGCAUCUGUGGCAACCUGCAGUCCAGCCCCAAGUAUGGCAGUGAGGAGGAAUGCUCAAGUGGCACAUCAGGAUCAGCUGCCAACAGUGUGUCAGGGGCACCACUGGAACCUGCCACCUCCAAAAACAACACGCUAGACCUCGCCUGCUCGAGCUUCGAGGGGCUAUUCCAAGAACUGCAGCAAGUAAAAGAGACACAGGCCCAGCUGGAGGAAUCAUUUGACACUUUGAAGUCUCACUAUCAAAGGGAUUAUACACUGAUGCUACAAACUUUGCAGGAAGAGCGAUACAGGUGUGAGCGGCUUGAGGAUCAGCUCAAUGACCUGACAGAGCUUCACCAGCACGAAAUCCUCAACCUAAAGCAAGAGUUGGUGAGCAUGGAGGAGAAGAUUGCCUACCAGUCUUAUGAGCGAGCACAGGAUAUUCAGGAGGCUCUGGAAGCCUGUCAGACUCGUAUCUCCAAGAUGGAACUGCAGCAGCAGCAACAACAGGUGGUACAGCUGGAGGGUCUGGAGAACGGUACGGCACGCACCUUGCUGGGCAAACUCAUCAACGUGUUGCUGGCUGUGAUAGCGGUGCUCCUGGUCUUCAUCUCAACUCUGACCAACUGCUUGGUGCCACUGAUGAAGACACGGAGCAGGACGUUCUGCACUUUGUUUCUGCUGGUCUUGGUGGUGGUGAUGUGGAGGAACUGGAAGGUGAUCACCUGGUAUGCUGGGCAACUUGCUUGGUCUCCCACUUGAUGCUGAGAUGUGAACUCAGGUCCACUAUGAAUUAGACUGUUUAACCAGUGCACAUGGACACAGAGUGGAUUUGUUUACAUUUGAAGGACACUCCUUUUCUUUCUCUGACUACACUUGGCAAUGGUAUUUGAAGGUUCACGUAAAUCUGGUUGGUGAUUUGUGUAAUGACUGUGUGUGAGAUCAUUUCUGCUGCCUAGGUACCAACUGACAGAGCAGAAGUAGACCAGAAGUUUGAUAUAUGCUUUGUUGCUAACCUCCUCACUCACCAAAUCUCUCUCGGGGGAGGAGAGAAACAAUAACAAAAUUGCCUGAAAUUUAGUGCACAACCUCUGUUCUGUUAGAGAAAUAUUUUAUAUUUUGUUUGACUAGGUCCAGUCAUGCAGUAUUGAGAAGUACCUUACUGUGAAGUAAGGCACAUUCCACCUUCCAAAAAUCGCCACAAUGAUGUGUAUUCAGAGAAUCCACAGGUUCACAUUUAAAGUGAACCUGUUGGCCAAGCUGGCUCCUGUAUGCGAAAGGGUGGAGAUGGCACAGUGUCCUGUGCCAUGGAGUGACUGUGCGUGAUUAUUGAGGGGACUACUGGUACCCUCCUCCUUGCCUUGAAGCUCAGACACUCCACCCAACCUCCUUCCCACAUGACUAACAUACUUGAAGAGUGUAAUGCUCAACUGUCUCAGUGCUUCCGUACUGCUUCUAAAAUAGACAUGUUUUUAGCAAUGAAUUCUUAUUUAAUUUAAAUAUGUGUAGAAUCUUUUAAAUGAAAUAAUGUACAGUGAUGGAGAUCCCUGAACCUACCCCAUCCAAUCUCAUGGCAUCCUAUUCUAACUCAUCUCAUCACAACCCAAAACUGGGCUCAGUCGAUCCUGGGCACAGGGCACUGCUCCAAAUGUCUCUGCUGAUGCUACCCUGCGCCACCCACCCCAUCUCCCUCCGGUAAAGUGAAGUCUGAUUUAUUCACAGCAGAAUGGUUGACAAUUGCUGAGUGUUGUGAAGUAGUAUUUGUACAGUUAGGAUUCUCUCUGCCCUAUGACAUAGGAAUUUCCCAGUUAUGUCAAUUGGAUAGAGGCCUCCACACGGAGCCUGUUUGGGCAGCAGUGCAUGGGCUCCCCACUUCUGCAAGGAAGGUGCAGAGUGAAUGUUUGCAGUUUCCCCCAUUUUGAUGCUAUUGAAUGGGACUUCAAGAUCAGGUGUCACAAGCUUGCCAGAAAAUGCUGGGGUUUCAAAGCACAGAGAGCUACAGAGGAGCCAGUGUUAGACCAGCUGCAAAGCAUCCUUUACAAUUGGGGAUCAAGGCUGUUUGUAAUGAGGUUGGUGUUGUCAAUGUAAAACAGAAAGCUUUAUUCAUUCAGUUAUCCAUUGAUUUGUGAAGGUGUUUCAUUAGGUUGAGUGAUGGGUAGUCUGAACCAUUGGUGGGCACAGGAACACCCUCAGUGCAGUGUGUACAGGGGGCUGGGUGAGCUCCGAGUGACACUUGAGGAAUUAACACUGGUUUAGUUUGCAGUUGCUGUUCCCUAUCUGAUUGCAUCGCAUCUUGGUUACUGGGCAGUUACUAUAUUGUACAUUAAAUAAAGACCUUGGCUAUAUUAAUUCUUCCUUCAUUAAAAGUCCUUAUGGUUGAUUGGGCUGAGGAUCAAACUGUUCCUUCAGCUUUUAUGCUCAUCCUCACACUGGUUAUUAGAACAGAGAACAGUACAGCAUGGGACAGGCCCUUCGGCCCACGAUGUUGUGCCAAACUAAUUAAACCAAUAACUCCUGAUUAAUCGAAUUCCUCUUCCCCGCACAUUGACUACAUCCCUCCCUUCUCUGCAUAUUCAUGUGCCUAUCUAAGAGUCUCUUAAACGCUCCUAUGCUAUCUGCCUCUACCACCAUUCCUGGCAGUGCAUUCCAGGCCUCUGCCACGCUCUGUACAAAAAAAAUUAAAAUAAAUAAAAACUCGCCUUGCACAUUUCCUUUAUACUUCCCCCUUUCAUAUUAAAUACGUGCCCUCUAAUACUAGACAUUUCAGUCCUGGAGAGAGAGAUUCUGGCUGUCUACUCUAUCUAUGCCUCACAUACUUAUAUAAACAUCUAUCAAAUCUCCCCUCAGUCUCUGCCGCUACAGAGAAAACAGC